GGCAGGCAGCGAGCACUUUUAGAGAAAUUUAAAAACGGUUGUCAAAUACGCAGAGUGAAUUGGGUACGAACACAUAUUCAUCCUCUGCACAUAAUAAUUUUCUGAGACUAAAUCUACUCAAGGCAAUAAGAUGAUUUGCAUCCUGGUAGAAAAAAAAAAAAAAAUUUAUGAGAGACUUAGAAUCAACUUCUUCUGUAAUACUUGGUAUAUUUAAUGCUAUAAUACAUUAACAUUCAAGUACAAUGGCUUUUGCUGCAGAACAACUACAGCCCCAGCAGCAACAACCAACCACCCUUGAGUUCUACCAGGCAAUGUCAGAUUUCAAGAAUAUGUUUCCUCAAAUGGAUGAUGAUGUCAUAGAGGCUGUUUUAAGAUCGAAUCAAGGAGCUGUUGAUAUGACUAUUGAUCAAUUAUUGUCAAUGAGCACUGAUAAUGAAAAUGAAAAGAUUCGCAGUGAAAUUGAAGAAAAUGAGGAUUUACCAUCAAGAAACAUAAAGUUGACAACUUUUAGAGCUGAAAGCACCAGAAAAAUUAAAAAUUGGCAACCACCUCUUAUUGGGCCGUUGCCUCAUUCUUUUCUGCGAAUCUCUUUUCAGGAAGUCGACAGUAUUAACAGUUUGAAUCUCAACUCUGGACAAGACUUUAGUUUUUUAGAAGAUGAAAGCUUUGCUUUUUUUCUUCAGAAUAAGGAAUUUAUGACAGAAUUACGUUGGAAUGAAGACUUUAUGUCAACUUUGAAAAAUGACUCAAAAUUGCAAGAGAAAAGUGAAAGUGAUGAUGAGGAAGAUCUGUUCAAGGAACGUCUCAAAAAUAUGGGCAAAGCAUCCAAAAAAAAGUUUGCACAACUAACAAAAGUUUUUACUCGCAAUAAAAAACGAGAUGGGUUGCACUUACUGCCACCAAGUGCAUCUUGCGAUGAUCUACUAAAUACAUCAUAAGAGUCGUCGAGAUCUCAUCAAUUAAAAUUUUAAUGGAAAAAAUACGAUGAAGCCAAAAUUCUUAUAAAAACGACAGCAGUGUAAUUAGUUUAAAUAAGUAUGGAGAAGACUCCAUGAAAAAUUUUCUAUUUUCAUUAGGUCGGUCGGUGGGUUAUCGAAAAAUACAUGAGACAUGUAUUUUUUUUUUUUCAUAUCAACAAUAUCUUAUGUAGAUAGAGCUUGUAAAAGUUUGAAAUGACGUUACUUUGUAAAAAAAAUAAUAUUUAAUGCUUCCAUCAAUAUUUAUUUACGUGAAACGAAGAAAAACAUUUUUGAAAUCAUUUGAAAUUCUACCUGACAGACCUAAAAGAUUUUUAAAGUAUUUUUCCCUAUAUUAUUGAAUUUUAACUUUUGUAUUAAUCAUCG